AUGGGCAUGAUGAUAGUCGAUCAAGGAUAUGAUCGUACCCCGGAACUACGCCGUGAUCCCUUUUGGGACUCCGUUCAUCCACUCUACUCUGAAGAAACGUCACGUAUUCCUAAUAAUGUACCGCAAGGAUCUGUUAGUCACGUAAAGUUGGCCAGUUCUGUGUCUGAGGUAGUUAUGAUGCCACAUUCUCGAGCUGAAACAGGAAACACUCCAGUAUUUUCCACUGGAGCUUCCAUUCGUAAGAGUAAAAACGUCAAGGUUAAAGACGACGAACGUUACAAACCACGACAACGUGAAGAAUCAAUGAUCUUCAGAAGUGUCAGGAUCGCACUCAACAAGAUCUACAACUCCAUAUCAUCAUUCUUUGCGUCCUUGAUUCCCGCCAGGAAGCAUAAGGAAGAAAAACCACCUAUCACGGUUCUUUCAGUCAGUCAACUCAAGCCUUCAGUCGACGAGCUGAACCUAUACACCAAUUUCACCCCAGUCAGUGUUGCCAUCCCCACUGAGGCGCCACUAUUCAAUGAAAAAUAUGUGGAAUAA